AUGAUGGCGGAGCGCAACGUGCAAUAUGGGCCCUCGCAUUCUCAUCAACCCUUAGGCUGGGGUUUCUGGCGGAACUGUCUCCUGCUCGGUCUCUGGAUGUUCUUAUCACUUGACUCCGCGGCAGCGCACUUGGAGGGGCUACUCGUAGAACAAAAUGACGCGUUCUCGCCAAGUGACCCAAGUCCGCCAACGCCUAGCGUUCGAUACGCCGUUGUUAUUGAAGGUGGAAGCACUGGCACGCGACUGCAUAUUCACGCCUUUUCCGUGUCAUCCCGAUACCUCUCCACUGCCUUUUACCGGAAUGCUGCGGGGAGCGGUUCCUUGCCGUCACUGCAUACUUACUCUGAACGACCAGAAGAUGUAACCAAAUCUCUGGGGCCGCUGAUAGAACACGCAUUGGAUGCUAUUCCAGCCACACAACAUGCUUGCACGCCGCUCUUCAUGCGGGCUUCAGCGGGGAUUCGGUUAUUAAGUCCGCCACACUGGGACGGCCUUCUCAGCUCUGUUGAAAAAUUUCUGCGAGACAGCAGUGUCUCUCCAUUCCCUGUCCCUCACGAUGGGGUUGGAAUCAUGGAGCCGGGAGAAGAUAUGAUGUACGCUUGGAUCGCUGCGCGCCAUCUUUUGCAAGAUUCCAAUGAUGUCGCCAUCCUCUCGCUGGGUGGGGGCAAUGCCGAAGUUGUAUUCGAGCCCAGCGUAGGCUUCGACGACUACAAAUACUCUUUGCGGCUGGGCAACCGCACACACGAUGUCUACCGCCGGACCUUUGACCACACUGGGCUUCACACGCUGCGCCAGCAGGUCUACAGCCACAUCGUGGGUGUCUCCCAUGAUGCUCGCAUCAGCAACCCGUGCAUUGCGAAAGGGAAGACCGAAUAUGCAACACUUUAUCCCGGCGUAUAUGAAGGGGGAACAUACAUCAUGGACGGCACGGCCAUUGGUGACUACGAGGCGUGCACCACCAUCGUCGACACUAUGCUCGCUCCGACCUUUGACAACGCGAAUAUCCUGAUUAUCGACCCCCGGACACAAAUCUGGCUGAUGUGGUAUUACACGGACCGCAUCCAGCCGCUCCUCACCGAAGAAGACGACCUGCAGACCAUCACAGUCGGCAAGAUUGCGGGGCUUGCGCAGACGGUCUGUGCUGGGCCGGAAGCAUGGGCCGACGUCUGGGGCGCGUCGAAGAUUGUGGACCGACUCUCUCAAAGGCCGAGCUGGUGUCUGGAUCUCACGAUCAUCCACCGCGUUUUGACUAAUGGGUUUCGGCUGGAGGCAGCGAGAGAGGUGAUGGUGGGACGGAGCGUUGCAAAGACAGAGCCACAUUGGACGAUUGGGGCAGCAAUGCAGCUGAUGCAGAAUACGCCGGGUGUCUGUCGUUGA